GUGGGGGGAAUGUCAUAUGUCUGACACAUGAGAAGAUAAUAUGAUAAAACGUUAGCGCCUCCCGUCGUCAGAUGGCACUAGAGCGUCGUUUGUGUCAAAGACCAGUACUGUACUUCAUGUAUGCGCUAGGCUUGGCUGAUACAGGACUGGUUGAAAACGCCGGUGGCUUGAUCUGAGAUUUUUCUCCACUCGCUUUGCCGAAUUCGUCAACGACAGCACUUGCAGUUGAAUUUUUAUCGCUCCAAACAGGACUGAAUGGCUUCCGCCUGGCAGAGGAUACAGCGAUAUUACGACUGGGCUUUGGAGAAUGGAGAUAAACGGACGGACCCCUGGCUGUUGGUGUAUUCCCCAGUGCCGGUCUCGGUCAUUUUUCUGUGUUACCUCUUCCUCAUCUGGGCCGGGCCCAGGCUGAUGAGGCACAGAGAGCCAGUCGAUCUCCGAGUCGUGCUCAUUGUCUAUAACUUCUCCAUGGUGUGUCUGUCUGCUUACAUGUUUUACGAGUUUUUCAUCUCCUCCUAUCUUGCAAGCUACAGCUACCUCUGCCAGCCAGUGGACUACAGCACCAGUGUGCUGGGAAUGCGGAUGGCGAGAGUAUGCUGGUGGUUCUUUUUUUCCAAAGUCAUAGAGCUCCUGGACACGGUGUUCUUCAUACUGCGAAAGAAGAACAGCCAGCUCACCUUCCUGCACGUGUAUCACCAUGGUACCAUGAUCUUCAACUGGUGGGCAGGAGUCAAGUAUGUGGCUGGUGGCCAAUCGUUUUUCAUAGGCAUGGCCAACACAUUUGUGCACGUUGUGAUGUACACGUACUACGGCCUAGCAGCCUGUGGGCCACGCGUGCAGAGAUUCCUGUGGUGGAAGCGCUACCUCACUAGCCUGCAGCUGCUCCAGUUCCUUGCAAUCAUCGCCCACACCGCCUACAACCUCUUCACGGACUGCGACUUCCCCGAUGCCAUGAACCUGGUGGUCUUCGUCUACUGCGUCACCCUCGUCUUGCUCUUCAGCAACUUUUACUACCGCAGCUACCUCGCCCAGAAGAGCAAGCACGCCUGAUGCUUGUCAGCUGCUAACUGCGAAACCAAUUACGUCUUCCUGCAAUUUAAUGCAAUUGUAUGAAGUACAAUUAAAUUGCGUAUCUGAUCUAAUCAGGUGUGCGAAACUAA